AUGGGGGCGCAACUCUCAUUAGUGGUCCAAGCAUCACCUUCCAUAGCUAUUUUUUCAUAUAUCGAUGUUUUAGAAGAAGUUCACUAUGUUUCUCAGUUGAACUCAUCAAGAUUCUUAAAAACAUGCAAAGCGCUGGAUCCUAACGGCGAAAUUGUUAUCAAAGUUUUUAUCAAACCAAAAGACCAAUAUAGUUUACGACCUUUCCUCCAGCGUAUAAAAGCUCAAUCGUUUAAGUUGGGGCAACUACCGCACGUUUUGAACUACAGUAAAUUGAUCGAGACAAAUAGAGCCGGCUACAUGAUACGGCAGCAUUUGAAGAAUAAUUUAUAUGAUAGAUUGAGUUUAAGACCUUACUUGCAAGACAUUGAGCUAAAGUUCAUUGCUUUUCAGUUAUUAAAUGCACUAAAGGAUAUCCAUAACUUGAAUAUUGUCCAUGGUGAUAUAAAGACGGAAAAUAUUCUAGUAACAAGUUGGAAUUGGUGUAUAUUGACAGAUUUUGCUGCGUUUAUCAAACCUGUAUAUUUACCUGAAGACAAUCCAGGCGAAUUCUUAUUCUAUUUCGACACUUCGAAGAGAAGAUCCUGUUACCUAGCCCCGGAGAGGUUUAACUCUAAACUUUACCAAGAUGGAAACUCUAAUAAUGGUAAGCUAACUAAAGAAAUGGACAUAUUUAGUCUUGGAUGCGUUAUUGCAGAAAUAUUUGCUGAAGGUAGGCCCACUUUCAACUUAUCACAGUUAUUCAAAUAUAAAAGUAAUUCAUAUGAUGUCGACAGGGAAUUUCUCAUGGAGGAAAUGAAUUCUACUGAUCUAAGAAACAUGGUUCUAGACAUGAUUCAACUAGAUCCAUCCAAAAGGCUUUCAUGCGACGAACUGCUGAACAAAUAUCGUGGCAUUUUUUUCCCCGAUUAUUUCUACACUUUCACUUAUGAUUAUUUUAGAAAUUUGGUUACUAUGACGACAAGCACACCAAUAUCAGAUAACACUUGCACUAAUAGUACCCUAGAAGAUAAUUUAAAACUUCUAGAUGAAACUACGGAAAAAAUAUACAGAGAUUUCCCCCAAAUCUGUCAUUGUUUAGACUUUCCUUUAAUUAAACAAGGAGGCGAAACAGAUUCAGCCUCUUCAAUUUUGGCACCUUAUAAAUUAGAGGUGAAAAAUAGUCGGUUUUUGAACACUAACCUAUAUUUCCCCCAAAAUCAUCAAUUAAUCUUACAGAAGUUUACCCAAGUAUCCGAAAAGGUAAAAUCAGUUAAAGAAGAAUGUGCUCUACUGUUUAUCUCUUAUUUAUCUCAUAGUUUAAGAAGUAUUGUUUCAACAGCCACGAAACUUAAAAAUCUAGAACUAUUAGCAGUAUUUGCACAAUUUGUAUCUGAUGAGAAUAAAAUUGAUCGAGUGGUGCCGUAUUUCGUAUGUUGUUUUGAAGAUAGUGACCAGGAUGUCCAGGCCCUAUCUUUACUAACAUUAAUCCAAGUACUCACUUCUGUGAGGACAUUGAAUCCAUUAAAUGAGAAUAUAUUCGUGGACUACUUACUUCCAAGACUGAAAAGAUUGAUUAUUUCCAAUAGGCAGAAUAGCAAUUAUUUGAGAAUCGUGUUUGCUAAUUGUUUGAGCGACUUAGCAAUUGUCAUUAACAGAUUCCAAGAAUUUACAUUUGCUCAGCAUUGUAAUGAUAGCUCAUCGGAUAAUAACAUGGAAAUCAUGGAAAGCAGUACCAAGUAUUCAACAAAAUUGAUUCAAAGUGUCGAAGACCUGACUGUUCUUUUCUUAACAGAUAGUGACACAUAUGUAAAGAUGGCACUUUUGCAAAACAUCCUUCCACUUUGUAAAUUCUUUGGCAGGGAAAGAACAAAUGAUAUUAUAUUAAGUCAUUUAAUAACCUACCUCAAUGAUAAAGACCCGGCUCUGCGGGUUUCCUUAAUUCAAACAAUAUCCGGAAUAUCAAUUCUUUUAGGCACCGUUGCACUAGAGCAGUAUAUUUUACCAUUAUUGAUCCAAACAAUUACAGACUCGGAAGAAUUAGUAGUGAUUAGUGUUUUACAAAGCUUGAAAUCUCUGUUCAAGACUGGAUUGAUAAGAAAAAAAUACUAUAUUGAUAUAUCAAAAACAAUAUCUCCCCUGUUAUUGCAUCCUAAUAAUUGGAUAAGACAAUUUACUUUAAUGAUAAUCAUAGAAAUCAUUAACAAGUUAUCAAAAGCUGAAGUGUACUGCAUUCUCUAUCCAAUAAUAAGGCCUUUCUUUGAGUUUGACGUUGAGUUCAAUUUUAAGUCAAUGAUAAGCUGUUGCAAGCAACCGGUAUCAAGAUCCGUUUACAAUCUGUUGUGUAGUUGGUCUGUUAGAGCGUCAAAAUCUUUGUUUUGGAAAAAAAUCUCCACAAAUCAUGUAGAUUCAUUUGGAAAUAAUAGAAUCGAAUUCAUAACAAAAAAUUACUCAAGUAAAAACUAUGGAUUUAAUAAAAAAGGUAUGAAUUUGGAUUCUUCCCUGAAAGGCGUCAAAACAUCAUCCACCGUUUAUUCCCAUGAUAACAAGGAGAUUCCCCUAACUGCUGAAGACAGGAAUUGGAUUGACAAGUUCCGUAUUAUUGGGCUAACUGAAAAAGAUAUCUGGAAAAUUGUGGCUUUGAGGAGUUAUGUAAUAAGAACAGCGAGAGUCAUGGCAGCAAACCCUGAUUUUUCCUAUAAGAACAGUAAUCACCGCCCAUUAGUACAGAAUUCACUACCCAACUUAAAUCUUACGAAUAUUAUGCCAAGGAAUAUUUUCUUUGAUGUAGAGUUUGCUGAAGAGUCGACAAGUGAAGCGCAAGAUUCCAAUUUAGAGAAUCAACAGAUAUAUAAAAGUGAUGAGAGUGAGCAAAACAGCAAUAAGCUAAGUAUCAGCAGUAGCAAGCAGCUAUCUACUGUCAUGGACAUAAACGGAUCACUAAUAUUCAAAAAUAAGUCCAUUGCCACUACUACUUCAAAUCUAAAGAAUGUUUUUGUUCAAUUAGAACCAACGUCUUAUCACAAGCAUUCUCCAAACCAUGGGUUGAAAGAAAAUGUAAAUGUUAGACCAGAAAGGAAGGUAAUUGUCAGCAACAGUUAUGAAGGAGACGUUGAAAGCAUAGAGAAAUUUCUAUCGACAUUCAGAAUUUUACCUCCCCUGCGAGACUAUAAAGAGUUUGGGCCUAUGCAAGAGAUAUUGCGGAAUCCAAACGUGGGUAGUUUGAAGGGCAAGUUAGUAGCUACUUUGAUGGAAAACGAACCCAAUUCUAUUACAUCUGCUGUUGUUUCGCCAGGAGAAACACCCUAUUUAAUAACCGGUUCAGAUCAGGGCGUAAUCAAGAUUUGGAGCUUGAAAGAAAUUAUCAUGGGCGAGGUCUAUUCUUCUUCAUUAACUUAUGACUGCUCUUCAACCAUAACUCAGAUAACCAUGAUUCCUAAUUUUGAUGCAUUUGCGGUUUCUAGUAAAGAUGGGCAAAUCAUUGUGCUAAAAGUUAAUCAUUGCCAACAAGAAAAUGAAGUCAAAUUUUUAAAUUGCGAAUGUAUCAGAAAACUUAAUUUGAAGAAUUCUGAUAAAAACGAAUAUGCAGUGAGAAUGAGAGCAUUUGUGAAUGAUGAGAAAUCUCUACUAAUAGUAUUAACGAAUUUGUCAAGGAUUAUUAUAUUUGACAUUAGAACCUUGGAGAGGUUACAAAUCAUAGGAAAUUCUCCAAAGCAUGGUGCUGUUUCCAGCCUCUGUAUUGAUGAAGGGAGCUGUGCCUUAAUUUUGGGGACAACUAGAGGUAUUAUUGAUAUAUGGGAUAUUCGUUUCAAUGUGCUGAUAAGAAGCUGGUCUUUUGGGGACCAUACACCGAUCACGCAUGUGGAGGCAUGCCAGUUUUAUGGACAGAAUUCUGUAAUUAUUGUAGGGGGUAGUUCAAAAACGUUCCUAACAAUAUGGAACUUUGUUAAGGGGUCCUGCCAGAAUGCGUUCAUAAAUUCUGAUGAGCAACCAUCUAUGGAACACUUUCUGCCAAUUGAGAAAGGCUUGGACGAAUUAGAUUUUUGUGGAAUCGGAUCUUUAAACGCAUUAAGCACAAUCUCAGUAUCAAAUGAUAAAAUUCUUGUUACUGAUGAAGCAACGAGCUCCAUUGUCAUGUUUAGCCUAAAGGAACUCUCUUCCUCUAAAGCAGUGAUUAGUCCUUCAAGAUUCAGCGACAAUUUUAUUCGUACGCAGGUUACGGCCAAUCUCACUAUAUUAUUGAGAAAAAUGAAACGUUCUAGCACUCAUUCAGUAGACGAUUCGCUGUAUCAUCAUGAUAUUAUAAAUGCUAUAUCUACUUGUCAAGUUGAUCAGACACCUUUGCUGGUUGCCUGUGAUAACUCAGGGCUUAUUGGCGUUUUCCAGUAA